AUGGUGGGAGUGGCGCAGCAGCCCCCUGGGCCCCAGCAAGCUAGUGGUGGUUCACGAUGUUCAGUCAACUCUUGUCCGUAUUGUGGACGGGAAUUCAUUAAGACAGGGGACCUGACUCGCCACAUCCGUACUCAUACUGGAGAGAAGCCGUUCCAGUGCCUUCACUGCCCUUAUCGCUCGAGCAGAAAGUCUACACUUAGGAAUCAUGUGGAUGUGGUGGAUCCCGAGGACCGAAGAUGCUUGGACAGUGCGUUGCUGGGAGCUCUGAGUAGUGAACAAGCCACCACACCUACUUGUCCCUUCUGUGGCCGUAUGUUCCGCCAGUCUGGGGUUCUCACAAGACACAUCAGGACUCAUACUGGAGAGAAGCCCUAUAUGUGUCCUCACUGCCCAUACAGAGCUAGCAGGAAAGCUCAUGUGGAGGAACACUGCAAGCGAAAGCACCAGAUGCCACAAGCUGAAGAUCCAUUUAGAUAUAAAAUAGGACCUUGGGACGCCCACAGCCAGUCUUAG